AUGAACAACUCUUCAACCAUACAGAUUCAGAAUCCACCGUGUUCCAACACAGUAUCCAAUUUAUUCAUCGCGAUCAUGUCUUCCAUCAGCGUUGCUGCUAUUAUAGGAAACUUUCUGGUUACAGUGGUCUGCUUAAAAACUCCAAGUCUUCGCACAAUCACCAACUACUACAUAGUCAACAUGGCGGUGUCUGAUCUCCUCUGCGCAUGCUUCAACUGGCCGCUAUACGCUACUGAGGGGAUGCUGACAAGAAGAAAAUUCAUCACGGGAUCUUUGGCCUCUGCUGUCUGCAAACUAGGGAUGUAUUCCAGAGGAGUCUCCCAAGUUGUGUCCGUGCUAAGCUUGGUUCUAAUCGCUGUAGACAGGUACAUUGCCAUUGUGUUUCCGUUGAAGUCAGCGUUAUUAGUGGGAAAAAACAAACGUGUUAUGUUACUCCUUAUAACGUGGUUCGUACCUGUCGUUUGCGGUAUCCCGUAUAUAGUAUACACUGAUACAGUCAAAGUGGAAAACCACACCUUUUGCAGAACUUUGUGGGGUGCAUUAGCUAACAUGAUUUUCAAUGUGGCUGGUUUUGUUGUCUUCUACUGUACGCCUCUCAUUCUGAUGGCUAUACUCUACAUACACAUCGUGAAAACUUUGAGAAAGAGAAAAGAAAUGCAAGGUUCGGCGAGCAACAAAAGAGAACAACAGCACCGAAAAAUCACAAAAAUCCUCAUUUCCAUCGUCGUGGCCUUUUUCAUCUGCUGGACUCCUCUUUGUGUUUAUCUCUCUCUGAAAAUGUUCCACCCGGAUCUGUUUCUAGAAGACGAAUGCAAGACGCUCGUCGCUUUGUUCUUUUACGUCUUUCCAUCUUUAAGCACAGCAAUAAAUCCCAUCAUUCUUUUCUCGUUGAGUACAAAUUUUCGUCAAGCAUUGGAAAGUUUGGGACUUCAGCUUUGUCGCUUUUUCCAAUGUUGUUCAAUUUUACCGUCCAGGAUCGGAUCGUCGAGAUCGACUCAAAUAACUCAAGCGCCAGAAGACACUCUCGAUGCAGCAAAUAUUGAGAAUCACCGAGCAAAUGGGAGAAGGAUUGUUUUGCAAAAAUUUCAUCGAAGUUCCCGACGAGUUUCUAAUCUUGCUUUUGUCAAUUCUAUGGAAAUUUGA